AUUCAGUUCACCUCACCAUGGUUACGGCAUGUAAACAUCAAAACUUUGCGUCGUAAUCGUAACUUUAAUUUUAUUCCAGAGUAUAAUAAUUGUUUUGUUAUUAGUUAAUUAAAUCAUGAGCAGCAUGACCCGUUGGUUGGACGUGGAAGUGGGCACGGAUGACGUGGAUCUCAACGCGCUGCCGUCCAACUUGUGCUUGGUGGACUUGCACAAUGACAACGAAUAUAGGUUACUAAUGGGAGAUUUAGGGAGGGAAGAGGAUGGACCCAAAUUGAGGAUCUUCCAAGGCGUAACUCAAGUGUCCGAUAUGGUGCUCCCCGACCUGCCGCUAGCAGUUGUCAGUGUCUACACCAAUGACAAUGUGCCCCGCAGUCUCCCGGUCAUUGCCGUAGCGUUCAGCUCUUGUAUCUACAUUUAUAGGAAUAUGAAGCUCUUCUAUAAGUACUAUCUGCCUAGUGUGGACCUUAAUGCUAGUGAGAUUGAGGUUUGGAAACAGCUCCUUACCCCAACCAAUCAAAACCCUGCCUCCAUCAAAUCCUACACCGACAGCCUAAAACACUUCCCAGAGAAGACUCUCAGCCAGCAGUCACUGAACUUCCUCAACAUGAGCACAGACCAGCAGUUGGAGUAUCUUGAACAGUCUCCAGAUCUGCCGGCGAUGGUGCUACCAGAGAUCACUUGUGUUACCAGCAUGAAGUUGGCUUCGGUGGACAAGCAUGCCGCUGCGUGUUUGGUCGUUGGAACGGAAGAUGGAGAUGUUUUCGUACUGGAAUCGCAGAUGUUUCAUCAGUUAUCACAGGCAAAGCUGUGUAAUGUGAGAAAAACGCCUUAUCUAAUGGUAGCAACGGGACUGUACAGCGUAGACUAUAGAAUUACUGUGGCGACGAGAGAGAAAUCAGUGUGUCUAAUAAAGAGGGGUUGGAAUGAAGGAAAGAUUCUGUUGAACACGGAGGAACAUAUCAUUGCCAUUGAAGUGAUGCCGGCAGACAGCAGCGUAAUAGCUAUAUGCGCCGAUAAUACGCUCACCUGUUAUAGUAAGAAGGGGAAAAAGCAGUGGUCUCUAAACCUAGAGCAUCGGCCUAUUGCCAUAUCGCUAGUGGCGAUAUCGCACCUCGGGGCUACAUUAAUAGCUGUGUCGCUUGCUUCUGGCCACGUUCAUCUGUAUGAUGGGAAGGCACGAAGAGAUACUAUUUUUGUUAGAGAUGUGGCGUCAGUCCUAAAGUUUGGUCAGCUCGGACGAGAGGAGCACGUCUUCAUUAUUGUCACAGGAAGCGGCCAUCUAAUGAUAAAAAUUCUGAAGAGGACAGCAGAUUUCAACGGACACGGUGUGGGCAUAGAAUCCUCCGCGCCUAACGCUGGGAAGCCGUGGAUGAUACCCAAGAAGUCCAAGUUAUUUUUGGAGCAGAGCGUAAGAGAAAGAGAAAACGCUGUUGGUAUGCACAUUUCGUUUCAACAAGAGAUGAGCCGCCUACGGCUCGCAGCGGCGAAAACUCUCCUAGAGGCGCAUCAGAAGAGCGAUAACUCCGUAGGCGUUGGCGCUCUAGAACCCAUCAGGCUAGCAGCUGAGGUGGAAGGCUUAGGCCCAGUGUUCCGAGUAACGCUUGAAGUUGUAAACACCAGCGAAAAAGCCGUGGUCGGCCUCGCCAUACUGUUCCACGUGCACACCUCCAACUACAAGGUGUCGCAGCCAUACAUAAAGGUACCGCUCCUAGCCCCAAACAGCAAACUCCGCUUCCCGACCAAAGUCGAAGAGGUCUUCGACAGUGAACUGAACCCGGACAUUUUCUUCCGCUCCGUGACCGGGCAGGGGGGAGAGCGGGCGCUCGUCAAAAUACUGUUACUGAAGGAGGGGAAAAGGGGCCCUGUGUUGGCGGCCACGGUGCAGAUGCCUCCGACGGACCCGAUGAUGCUGCCGUAUGAUAAAAUGCAGGACGAGGCUGGUUUUGGGGCUGCCAACGACUCUUGAAUGAAAGUUUUAAAAUUGUCAUUCAUCUACGAUAUUAAGUUUCUUAGAUAUGGUUGUAUUGGAUGACAGCUGUACAAAUGAAUGUCGCGAUAGGGAGCGUGCAUGAACUGUAGGAGGCAGCACAGGAGCCGUCAGAUUUUUGGAGCGAGCCGUAAAUGUGAUGUUUAUUGUUCCGAUGUAGCCCACAAGAUGGCAGAACCUACUAUGCACAAGAAAACUCGUGACGUGUAAAUGUACAUGUUUAUGGUUCCGAUUCAGGCCACAAGAUGGCAGACUCUCCAACGCGCACGGUCCUAAUUAAAUAAAUUAAAGACUACGUUGAGGCUGUUGGUGUGCUUUGAUCCCGUUAAAUUAGGAAAUAUCUUAACAGCGCGAUGUAGGCUUUUCAACACAACUUACUAGCGACAUCUAUCGUGAAAUUGGGUAAACAAUUUACUGCUGCUCCAGUUGAGAUGGCGGUAGUAGUGCCUUAAAGCUACCGUUCGUCG